AUGUUGUCUUUAACAUGCAAGAAACUCUUACUUUUCUUACUGGUAAUAAAUAUUUACGAAAUAACGAUAGCUAAUGAAAUCACUGAGCUACGAAUGUAUGGAGUUGAACCAGUUAUGAAUGAUUCUUACUUGUGUACAGUUGCUCCACUCGAUUCCUCCAUGGAACACUACAUUGUUGGAUUUAAACCAUAUGCAACAAUGCAAAGGGCCCAUCAUAUGUUGCUGUUUGGAUGCAGUCAGCCGGGCAGUGAUGAAGCCAUUUGGGAUUGUGGAGAUAUGACAACAGCUGGACCGAACUUUCAAAAGGCACCAGUUUGUAUUGAUCAACCGAGCAUACUGUAUGCCUGGGGUAGGAACGCACCUGAAUUAUACCUUCCGGAAGGUGUCGGGUUCAAAGUUGGUGGAGACACAGGUAUUCAAUAUCUCGUACUCCAAGUACAUUAUAAGAAAAAAGUUAAACCUGAUUUUUCUGGUGUGGAUAUCGAAUCAACAAUUGAACCAUUAGACAAACGGGCAUCCACAUUACUAAUGGUCACUGGUGGAAAGUUACCUGCAAACAAGAGAGAAACGUUUGAAUCGGCGUGUAUCGUUGAUGAGGACAUUGAAAUACAUCCUUUUGCCUUCCGUACGCAUACUCAUCGCCACGGUGAAAUGGUUAGUGGAUGGGUGGUACGACAGAAUGAGAAUGGUGAUGAUAAUUGGGAGUUAAUUGGAGAACGAAAUCCGCUUUUUCCACAAAUGUUCCAACCAAUUAACAAGAACAUUACAAUUCGGCAAGGAGACGUGAUAGCAGCUCGCUGUGUAUUGAACAACAAAGAAGAUCGGGAAAUUACAGUGGGAAAUACAGCUGAUAAUGAGAUGUGUAAUUAUUAUCUCAUGUAUUGGAUUCUGGGAGAUCGUACUCUCAGGGACAACACAUGUUAUUCACCUGGUCCACCGGAAUAUCAUUGGAGCAGUAAGACGGAAUUAAACAACAUCCCAAAAUAUGAGAAAAAGGAAUAA